CCACCUAAAAAGGAAAUGUUCAAAAAGUUCACAUGCUUUGAAUAAACCCUCGGCCUCCUCCUCCUCCUCCCACCGCAGAAACCGCAGUUCAUCGAUUUAGCUCUGAAGAGAAGCACCGGGAGUAGAAAUCCAAUCGAAUGGCGAAUGCUGCCGACGUAGAUGCGCUGGAUUUUGAGCCUGAUGACGAUGAUCUCAUGGACGAAGAUGCCGCUGUUGACGUCGACGCCUCUUCUCCGAGAACUUCCACUCCAAUCCCUAAGCUUAAAUCGGCCAUCACUGGUGGCGCUGUCACCGUUGCUUCUUCUAUUCCUAAGAAAACUAAAGGACGUGGAUUCCGUGAAGAAACCGAUGCCGAACGUAAUAAUCGUAUGUCUGGUCGUUUUGAUUCUCUCGAUUCAGAUGGCGGCCCCGGUCCUGAACGAUCAAUUGAAGGGUGGAUUAUUCUGGUUACUGGAGUACAUGAAGAAGCCCAAGAGGAUGACUUGCAAAAUGCAUUUGGGGAGUAUGGGGAGAUUAAGAACUUGCAUUUAAAUCUUGAUCGCCGGACUGGUUUUGUUAAGGGCUAUGCGCUGAUUGAAUAUGAAAACUUUGAGGAAGCGGAGAAAGCCAUAGCUGCAAUGGAUGGAGGUGAACUGCUGACUCAAACAGUCAAUGUUGAUUGGGCAUUCAGCAAAGGUCCUUUUAGAAGGAGAAACAAUAGGAGGAGAUCACCUCGUGGGCAUCGGUCAAGAAGUCCAAGGAGGAGAUUUUGAUGUGGUAUAAUACCCUUGAAUCAACGGUGUGGGCGGACUUGUUUAUGUUUAGGUUGAAGGGAGUAAGUUUAACUUGUCUAAUCACAUUUUCAAUCUUAUUUGAUUUGCUUUUGCUCGUUUGAGUGUUACUUUGAAGGCCGUUCAGUUGUGUAUCCGAAGGUUUAGCUUAUCAUUGUGUAUGGUAUGAACUGUGAAGACAAAGUCAUUGUUCUGCAUUUUGUAACCGAGUUUGGCGUUUUACAUCUUUCGAACAUAAGAUUGGAUGUUUUUGGUGUCUUU